GGAAAACAUACCUCUGGAUGCGUUAAUCACACAUUGCUCAUCUGUUGCCAAUGUGUUCACAACGCUAGACCCUCCUUUGGGCUUUUUGCAGCGGUUGCCUUCAUUUUUUGCUCAAUCUAGUAUGGAAAGUAAAAAACAAUGGCUCACUCUUCUUACUAACUUCAGGCGUCCUAUGGUACCAAAUGUGGCUUUUAGCUUCAUCGAAAUGUUACUGGCGAAGAUGGUGGAGGUGGAAUUUGAGUGUCCUUGCAACCCUGAAAGGAACAAAUUUUUCUCAUCCGCGUUCUUUAUCAUUCCUACCGUCUUGGCCUUCACCUUGAUGCUGAUCAUUGAAAGAUGCAGAUGUGACGCGUGGUUCAGGAAAACCGUCUUCUGCUUUGUUCCUGCUUUCGUGUGGCUGAUUUUGAUGUUCUUCGAUGGCCAAUACUUGGCUUGUGCCAUGACAACCUGGAACGGUACAUUUGUAGUAGUUGACAAGGAUGCGAAGAUGAAGUGGUGUAAGCCAAAUGUCACCUCGGACGAACUAAUAGUCACCACAGAGUCCUAUUUUUGGUCUCGGGUUAUUAGCAUAGUCCUCCUCAUUCUCUUCUGUGUGGGUCUCAUAGUUUAUAUAAUCCUACAAAGCCGCAAACCGGAGGAAGAAACGAAUGCAAGCGGAAGCAAGAAAGGUAGGACGGGUAAUCGAGGAAGCAGCGAUCAAAAAGAGGCUAGUGAGCUUGAAGAAAAUGCUGCAUUGCAGGAUGAAUUAGGCCGGGGCGGACUGAGGGGUACUCACACCGCCUGCUGGCAUGGACACCCUUAACCGACCUAACCAUAUCUUUUUGUAACUGUUUUCAAGCAGUGUUGCUUGUGUUUGCCCACCAAACAGAUUUGAAUUCAGUAAUGAAUGGUGAAUGAUGCCGUUUAGCCGUAAAUAUGGAUAUUAUUGAAAACAGUGUUUUUUUUUAUUUUUCUGUUUUACCAUUUAAUAUGUGACCGGUCUAGUGCAUUUGUUCAUCCCUCAUGUCAGUUUUAGGGGUCUUUAAAAGAAUACUUUUUUGCUAUUUUUUAGAUGAGGAGAUGGAUGAUAUGUCUGUCCAUUGAAUAUGAUGACCAUUCUGAAAGCAGAGUGUUUAUCCUUGUUGGACUUUUGUAAUUUUUUCACGUUCCACUUGUUACAUGUAUUAUUGUUACAACUCAUGUUCUAUUUUUCAUGUGUUACUAUUCAGAUUUUAUUUGUCAUGGUUUCUUUUUCAGGUUUUGAUUGUCCAUUUGAAAUUGUUUAUCUUGUGUGAUGUUCAAGUAAUUAAAAGGAUGAAAUGUAAUGGUAAAAUAACUGCCAUAGUCAUAACUGUCAUAGUGCUGUUUCUUUUAGUUUGGUGGGCUUAGUUGAGUAUAAAGUUUGUAACCAGGGAGGAAGCGGUCGGCUUGGUUCAUUUACUUGAUGUGAGUAUUCUCCACUGUCUCUGUGAUAGCAAAGAAUUAAAAGAACUCUCUUCUU